AUGGCCCGCCAACAAAUCAACCUAGACCCCUACAGGGACGAAAUAAUCAAUCUGUUUCAAAACGGUAUAAGCAGUGACUCAAUAAGCCGCACGCUCGAAAGCCGAUAUAAUAUACAAGUGAAAGAGCGCACAAUCCAAUCUCGACUUCGAAAGUGGGGUAUUCGAAAGCGACACCGAACAACAACAGCAGACGAGACUCUUCACGCACGGAUCAAAGUUCUUUUCGUUCAGGAUAGACUUAGAGAUAAAGCCAUGCUGAAAUUGCUUCAGCAGGAUGGCUAUGAUAUCUCCGAACGUACCCUUCGUCGACUACGCUUUCAGCUUGGGCUUUAUGCUAGAGAUUCGCUUGAAUCUCUGCAGCUGCAGAAUUCUAGUUCUAAGGCUGAGAGAGUUCUUAUCAUCGCCAAGCAGAUCACGGCUUCUUGA